AUGGAUUCGACUCAUAAUAAUAGAGCCUUCAUUCUCAGGCCGACAGCGCUGGAUGACCUCUUCGACACUAACUUCACAUUGAGCGAUGCUGAGGACAACGACAACGGUGCCGUAUCCUCUCCUGCAGCUCGGGUGGAACCAUCGCGUGCGCCAACACCCCCUCCGGCGAGCGCCCCCACCGUCGCUGUAAGUCCAGCAUUGGACGCCCCCUCAAAGCCAACGCCUGCGUCUCACACAUCUGCUGCCACUGCGAGAAGCGUCGCGCGUUCCUCAUCGUCCGUCUCGCAACAUGCACCUACCGCAGCGGCCGCGGUGCCCAGAUCUCAUCUCUCGGACCCGUCUCGUUCGUCCGACAACCAUAAUACUACAACGGCAAACAGCACCCGGCCUGUCGCGUCCUCUAGCAGUACGGCUGGCGGCGGGUUUCACUCAGCGACUCAUGCUGUCCCAGGGCCGUCAAGUACUCCUGCUACUCGCCCACAGCCAGCCUUUACUAUUCCUGUCAUUGGCGAUAGGCCGCGGUACAGCAUGCAGGCGCGCACUUCCGAACGCGAUACGGCUUUCGAUGUCGAUGUACCCGAUCAACUCAGCGACGCAGGCAUCCUCAAUUCCACCCAUCUUAGACAGUGGCUCCGUGCGCACGUUGACCGAUCUGUUGAGCUGCCGCCACAUGCGGAUACUUUGAACGCGGCAGAGGCUGCUACCGCGACUGCUCUCAUGGUUCAUUUACGCCGCGAUGCUGAGAAUUACUUGAGCAUUCUCGACGCCAUCAAACGUAACGCCCAGUUGAUUGAAGACUUCGCAAGCUUGGAGCAGACCGUCUAUGGCCUGUCCAACCACCCAUUUGUGAAGGCAGCUGGCGCUGCUCAAGGGGUCGAUGUCGUUCUGCCCGACUUCCCCGUCAAUCGCGCUGCAACACAACUUUCUCCAUCCGCCGAGGCUACCCCUGCCCCCCAUCAGGCUUCGCCACCACCGGACGGCAUUUCUGGUGCCCCACCUGCUCAGGGCGGCGGAUCUUCAAUGGACGUGGAGCCCAACCUCCCAGCAAAGUCGUCUUCGUUGGUGGAAGCCGCGGUACCCACAACAUCAGCUCCAGGCGCUAACCCUCCCGCUUCAUCGCAAACUGCCGCGUCACCGUGUACCUCGACCGUACACACCGGCAAGCCGCGUGCUUCUGGAGUCAGCGUUCGGGCUUUGGGCGCCUCUCUCAUGCGCCUUGGAACUUCCUCUCCCCCUCCAGAAACAUCGGCUCAAGACCCGAUAGCAGGUCUUUCUGGAAGCCAUGGCUUCCGACAAUUCCUGGUGCCGCGGGGCUCCGCGCGCGAACCGUUCUCGCACCCAGCUGCCGCGUCGGCUGCCAGCCAGCCAACAUCUUCGGUCCCCCCUGUCUACCAGAAAGUUGCGCGGCAACGCCGGCCCAACACUGGUCGUGGACCGGCAUCGGCGGCAAUGCAAUCAGCUGGCACUACGUCAGGUUCGUCAUCUGUGCCCACGGGCGCAGCGUCUGGCACCGGUCCUUCCCAACGGUCUGUUCCGUCGGGUGAAGUCAUUGAAAUCUCGGAAGACGAUUCCGAUAUCCUACCAGUUAUACCCCCGCCCCCGAAGAAGAAGAGGAAGCUGGGAGCGUAA